AUUGUAGAUCUGGACAAAUCGGAGUUUGUUCGAAGCGGCCCGCAGGCCCAGUUCCACAAUCCAGUUAAUCCAAGUUUAAGUAGCGAAUGGACCAAUCAGAAUCCAGUUUGACGUAUUAAACUCGGAUUAACUCGAGUUGUGGAACCGGCCCUCAAUCUCUAGUUUAUUGCUCUAGAUCCACGAAUGGUGUCGAAAAGUUUAUAUCGUUAAAUAGCGUUAAUAACCUCUACCCGACCAUACCCGAGAUAUAUUUAAAUUUAAUCUAAUUUUAUUGAGACUAUAUUAUUGAUUGUGAAACAUGGAAAUCCAUCCACUGAGUAUAAUUUUGGUAAAAAGCGAUAGUAAGGGUGACAGAUUAUUAUUUCGAUAUCCACACAUGACGAAUCACGUGAGAGAUUCGAGUCAAUACACUAAACGAAAAAACCCUUAUUCGCUAACGAAUAUGGAAGAUUUGUUGCAAUCUUUGCCAUUUCCAACGUCAAACAUAAAUAAUGGAAAUUUAACUGGUUUAACAGACGAAGUUCUGUCUACUUUAUUUGCUGUUAAACCUGAAUUAUGCGAACAAAAAUUCGAAUUGAAAGUAAAUGAUGUCCGGUUUGUUGGACAUCCAACUUUAGUUCUCUCCCGUGGUUUAAAGGAAGUGAAUUCUUCUAUGCUUUUCAAUAUAGUCUUUGCAUUGCAAGCACAAGCAAGUCAUUCGAUAGUGAGAUGUUACUAUGACCUAAGCAAAAGAUUAGGCAUAGCAUUGAGACAUGAAGAAAGAAGAUGUGGCUUUCUGACUGAUGAAAUAAAAAUAAUGGUCUCUACGCAUGAUGAAAUUGCUGGAAGAUCUGAAGGUGAAAGUGAUUGUGAUGAAUCACCAUAUGAAUUAAUCCUUCAACGAAGCUCACUGGCACGUGGUUUAAAAUCUGUCUUUAGUAAUCUUAGCACUUCUGGCAUAGUCAAUAUCAUGAUUAACAAGUGGAUUCAGGUGCGCUUCUGUCUUCCUCAAAAAGUUCAUCAAUCACAUAAAAAAGGUCUACUUAUCGAUCCUGAGAUUAUAGAUAGAUGUUUGAACAGUUUAAGACCUUAUCACGGCAUACUUUUGUUAACGGAGCCGUUAGACUUGCUAGAAUCUUUACAAAUAGACUGCUCUCCGGCACUUAAACGUUUGAUUCAAAUGUACAAUCCAUUGAAAAGCUUACAAACUUUAGCGGCUAAUUCGGAUCUGACGCUGGCGCAAGUGUUUCAGUUAACUGGUCAUUUAAUUUACUGGGCAAAAGCUACAAUAAUUUACCCGCUUUGUGAAAGCAACGUCUAUGUUAUCUCUUCUGAUGCUAUUUUGACCAGCCAGUUACUAGAUUCUUUUUCCGAACAUUUCCCUGGAGUUUGCUUACUUCAAGUCAUCAAUGACUUCUCCUUGCCAACUUCCAUUAGCCAAAAGUUGAAUCCUUUAAGCCAACCACAUCAACAAACGCAAUUAGUAAAGAUAAUUAUAUGGCUAUUAAAAAAUCAUUUGCUCCUACAAUUGCACACAUACGUACGAUAUAUACCAAUGGCAUAUGGACGUUUAUCAUUAGAUACAAAAGAUCAAGAAAUAUGUGACACAGACGUGAUAGAAAAAAGUGGAAGCACGUGGAGUUUGAACGAGACACCAAAAGGAACGCCUACCGAAAUCAAAGAGGAAUUGUCACUCACAGAUAAGAAGGAUACGUUGUAUGAUUAUCAAUCAGAGGAUUACGAUAUUCCUUCUGAUGAUAGAAAACUACUCGAUAGAUUGUGUCGUCUUGGCUAUUUUAACGGUGGUUAUCACUUGGAGGAAAUUAUGUAUUUAGAAAACAUUCGUAGAUCCCAAUUGUUACAACUUCUUGAUAAAUUUCGAGAUGUCUUAAUAACUUCCGAAUGCGAAGAUCCCGCUAUAGCACUCUUCUACAGUCAAUUGGAUUGUUAAAUUUUUUUUAUCUAUAUAAAUAUAAUUGUCUUCAGAUCAGUAUUACACACACACAUAUACAAAUAAAUACAUACAUAUACGUACGUAUGAUGCCUAAAAAAACACUUUUCUAGACUGAAAGAUAUGAAAGAACAGUUUAUUACAUUUG